GUAGACAGAAAUAAAAAAGGAUCUAAGGAUAAUUCUUUGCUAGAGCUGAAAAAAUGGCUUCAAAGUCUUUCAAAGGAAUUCGAUCUUCUUUGUCGAUUUCCUCUGACAUAGCAGAGUCGCAGAAGCCUCCUAUUCCUCCAUCUGUGACAUUUGGGCGGAGAACUUCCUCCGGUCGUUAUGUGAGCUAUUCAAGGGAUGAUCUCGAUAGUGAGCUUGGUAGCACUGAUUUCAUGAACUAUACAGUGCAUAUACCCCCCACCCCUGACAACCAACCCGUGGACCCUUCUAUAUCUCAGAAGGUUGAAGAGCAAUAUGUAUCGAAUUCACUUUUUACUGGUGGGUUCAAUAGUGUUACACGUGCACAUCUAAUGGACAAGGUGAUUGAGUCUGAAGCAAACCAUCCACAGAUGGCUGGUGCAAAAGGAUCUUCAUGUGCAAUUCUGGGGUGUGACUCAAAGGUAAUGAGUGAUGAACGCGGUGCGGAUAUUCUCCCUUGUGAGUGUGAUUUCAAAAUUUGUCGGGAUUGUUACAUUGAUGCAGUGAGAUCAGGGGGUGGAAUAUGCCCUGGAUGUAAGGAGCCAUAUAAGAACACAGAUCUCGAUGAAACUGCAGUGGAUAAUAAUUCAAGGCCGCUUCCACUUCCUCCCUCUGGUACAAUGUCCAAAAUGGAGAGGAGGUUGUCUUUAAUGAAGUCAACAAAAUCAGCGCUGAUGAGGAGUCAGACGGGAGACUUCGAUCACAACCGUUGGCUGUUUGAGACUAGAGGGACUUAUGGUUAUGGCAAUGCUAUAUGGCCAAAGGAUGGUAAUAUAGGUAAUGGAAAAGAUGAUGAAGUUGCUGAACCAACAGAACUGAUGAGCAAACCCUGGAGGCCGCUUACUCGGAAAUUGAAAAUUCCAGCAGCUAUUCUCAGCCCUUAUCGGCUUCUAAUUUUUGUGCGAAUUGUUGUUCUUGGAUUGUUUUUGGCUUGGAGGGUCAAACAUCAGAACAACGAUGCUAUUUGGCUAUGGGGAAUGUCUGUGGUUUGUGAAAUUUGGUUUGCUUUUUCAUGGCUUCUUGACCAAUUGCCCAAGUUGUGCCCUAUCAACCGUGCUACAGACCUUAAUGUGUUGAAGGACAAAUUCGAAACACCAACCCUUAAUAAUCCUACUGGAAAAUCUGACCUUCCAGGCAUAGAUGUCUUUGUCUCUACUGCUGAUCCUGAGAAAGAACCCCCUCUUGUCACUGCAAACACUAUCUUGUCGAUUCUAGCUGCAGAUUACCCAGUUGAAAAACUUGCUUGUUAUGUUUCUGAUGACGGAGGAGCACUCUUAACUUUUGAGGCCAUGGCUGAAGCAGCAAGUUUUGCUAAUACAUGGGUUCCGUUUUGUCGUAAACAUGAUAUCGAACCUAGGAACCCAGAAUCUUACUUCAACCUAAAGAGGGAUCCUUACAAGAAUAAAGUCAAACCAGAUUUUGUCAAGGACCGUCGGCGAGUUAAACGUGAGUAUGAUGAAUUCAAGGUCCGUAUCAAUAGUUUGCCAGACUCCAUACGCCGUAGGUCUGAUGCGUUUCAUGCAAGAGAGGAAAUCAAGGCAAUGAAGCUGCAGAGACAGAAUAGGGAAGAUGAACCUGUAGAGACUGUGAAGAUCCCGAAAGCUACAUGGAUGGCUGAUGGAACUCAUUGGCCUGGGACUUGGUUAAAUCCAGCUGCUGAGCACUCCAAGGGCGACCAUGCUGGUAUAAUACAGGUGAUGCUGAAACCACCCAGUGAUGAACCAUUACAUGGAACUGCUGAGGAUUGGCUCAUUGAUCUAACUGAUGUUGAUAUUCGUCUCCCUUUGCUUGUUUAUGUUUCUCGGGAGAAGCGCCCGGGAUAUGAUCACAACAAGAAGGCGGGUGCCAUGAAUGCCCUUGUUCGGGCAUCUGCAAUCAUGUCCAAUGGCCCAUUUAUCCUGAACCUUGACUGUGAUCACUAUAUCUAUAACUCUCAGGCAAUGAGGGAAGGCAUGUGCUUCAUGAUGGAUCGAGGAGGUGACCGACUUUGUUAUGUCCAGUUCCCUCAAAGGUUUGAGGGGAUUGACCCUUCUGAUCGAUAUGCCAAUAACAAUACUGUUUUCUUUGAUGUAAACAUGCGAGCUCUUGAUGGUCUUAUGGGUCCUGUCUAUGUCGGAACUGGAUGCCUCUUUCGGAGGGUUGCCCUCUAUGGUUUUGACCCACCACGAUCAAAAGAACAUCACUCUGGUUGUUGCAGCUGCUGCUUUUUUGGUCGUAAGAAGAAACAUUCCUCAAUGGCUCACAGCCCAGAGGAGAACCGUGCCCUUAGAAUGGGUGAUUCUGAUGAUGAGGAGAUGAACCUCUCCCUGCUACCUAAGAGGUUUGGGAACUCGACAUUUCUCAUUGAUUCAAUUCCAGUUGCUGAGUUUCAAGGUCGGCCCCUUGCCGAUCACCCAGCUGUAAAGAAUGGGCGCCCACCUGGUGCUCUCACCAUUCCUCGUGAUCUUCUUGAUGCUUCUACUGUUGCAGAAGCAAUCAGUGUCAUCUCAUGCUGGUACGAGGACAAGACCGAGUGGGGACAGCGUGUUGGGUGGAUUUAUGGGUCUGUUACUGAAGAUGUGGUUACUGGAUAUAGAAUGCACAACAGAGGAUGGAAAUCUGUUUAUUGCGUAACUAAGCGUGAUGCAUUCCGUGGGACUGCUCCAAUCAAUCUCACUGAUAGGCUUCACCAAGUCUUGCGUUGGGCUACUGGUUCUGUUGAGAUUUUCUUCUCCCGUAACAAUGCUCUCCUUGCCAGUCCUAGAAUGAAGUUUCUACAGAGAAUUGCCUAUCUUAAUGUCGGAAUCUAUCCCUUCACCUCCAUUUUCCUGAUUGUCUACUGUUUCCUCCCUGCGCUUUCGCUCUUCUCCGGCCAGUUCAUUGUCCAGACUCUCAAUGUCACUUUCCUUACUUAUCUGCUCAUCAUCACAGUUACUCUUUGCUUGCUAGCUGUGCUUGAAAUUAAGUGGUCUGGCAUUGAACUAGAAGAAUGGUGGAGAAAUGAGCAGUUCUGGUUGAUCGGUGGAACAAGUGCGCAUCUUGCUGCCGUGCUUCAAGGGCUGUUGAAAGUGAUUGCCGGGAUUGAGAUUUCUUUCACCUUGACCUCAAAAUCAGCAGGAGAUGACGUGGAUGACGAGUUUGCUGAUCUCUAUAUUGUCAAAUGGACAUCCUUGAUGAUACCUCCGAUCACGAUCAUGAUGGUCAACUUAAUAGCAAUAGCAGUCGGGUUUAGCCGAACAAUUUACAGCGUUAUUCCUCAGUGGAGUCGGUUGCUAGGUGGAGUUUUCUUCAGUUUCUGGGUUCUGGCUCAUCUCUACCCUUUUGCGAAAGGGCUUAUGGGAAGAAGAGGGAGGACACCUACCAUCGUCUUCGUGUGGUCUGGUCUUAUGGCCAUCACCAUAUCCCUCCUUUGGGUGGCAAUCAAUCCUCCGUCGAACACGAACCAGAUUGGAGGAUCAUUCCAGUUCCCUUGAUCAGACAUUCUUUAUGUUAGGUGAAUCGUUUCAAUGGUAUUCCUUUAUUUAUUCCUCUAAGGGCUGAUAUGAUGGUGAAAAAGCUAGGCAUGUUCAAUAUAUCAUGUGCCCAUGGGAACAUAUUUUAGUAGUAACUUGCAGCAAUUUUACCGAGUUUGCAUGUGAACGAACUGGUUUACCUGCUGUUUUGUUCU